GUACCUCCUCUCCGUAAAGGGGGUAUGCCUCCUCAAGCGCCUUGGAGUUGCCUGCAUUCCCCUCACUAUCAAUUGUCUGAUUCACCAUGAAGGGCUCCGAGUCAGCAUGGAAUGUACUUCGCCCAGACAGAGAACCAGCUAGGGGCGACGAGGACCUGCCAGCAUACACCGAAACCAGUCCCAAAUCAGUGACACCGAUGGGAAGCAAGUCGGCUAGGAAGUCUUCUGACGACAGGCUAUCCCCUGCCAAUGCUUCGCCUUCAACCAACCCCUGGGCCCCUUUGGAUCCUCGCCGUGUGCGGCGUUCGUCACUUGCUCAACGCCCACAGAGCUCCAACAUCGACGAAUCCUUUCUAAACAUGUCUAUUGAACCACCCAAAGAGACGAUUGUAUAUUCGUACACUCUGUACAACGCAUCGGUGCAGGCGGAAACAUUCAUCAUGAUAGACCCUGACCCCAAGCGACAACACCAUUACACAUUCUCGCUCUCGAUCAAGGCCGGACUCGUCGAGCGCGCACUCUGCGAGCCUGUCUCCGUUCGCUUGACUAUCGAUCCACGUCAGCUCCAGUUCUCCGUUUUUAUGUUUCCUCCACGCACAAGUCUCCCCCCAGGCUGUCUCUGGUCCCUCCGCGUCUGGCUUCAAACAGGCGAUGUCUCGCACCAACUCUUCGCCGAGAAUGAACUCUGGCUUGCGCGAGACCCCGACUUCCGCUUGCUCGGCGACGCCUCCUUCGCUGUUCUGCGCAACUCAGAUUCUGACAAAACCAUAUACAACGCGAUGGUUGGGAACGCACGCGUGUGGUUCGUCGUGGGCUGGCGAGAGCUAGAAAAGGGCGUGUAUGCGUGCUCGCUCGAGUAUGAGGCAGCGGGCGCGGGGAGACCGCUAUUUGAAGAUCUGAGGCUGAGGCUGGACUGCGAGCCGAAGGAGGUGUCGUUUAUGAUCUACUCGAUACCUAUCUCCUCCACGCCGUCAGGAGCCUCACACCGCCUGCGGGUAUGGCUCCGUUCGCCAUAUAGAGGCCCUUCUCCGUCCACAUCCCCAUCGGCCUCGUCGAGCCGCGAGUCGUACGUGUAUCAGCGUAUCUGGAAAUCGGACCGCUUUCGGCUAGGCGCAUAUCUCAACUUCGAGGCGCUCGGGAGCAAGCUCGUCAUGGGAGUCUCGAGCGAGCCGCCUCGCAUGGAGGCUGGACACAUGUCAUUGAUCACGCGCCAAAGUGGUGAUCGCAUGCAGAGGGAUUCAAAUACACCGGAGCUCGACUCGGAGGAUUGAUGGAAGGCGAUUAUCAUAGAGAAUGUGAUCUUAGGUGAUACAACUAUUUAUUAAAAUUGCAUUCGAUGCUCUGCACAUAUGGGUCAACGAUGGCAGAUGUUUCAUCCAUUUGUCGUAGGGAAGGACCUUUCAUUCGUCGAUCUUUGUGGAGUUACGGCGCACCAUUUUCUUUAUGGCCCACCCAUUCAGACUAUCUGGAAACAACGGCAUCUUUGGCCCCUCUACCAAAUGCUCCUUCUCAUGCGUCAGAAUGACUACCACCCCGGGCUCCUCGCUCAUCCGCGUCAGCCGCCCAACCGUUUCCUGCGCGGCCCCUAAAUCGACAUAGAUGAUCUUGGGUAGCUUUCGCGUGGUACCUUGGUCCUCAUUGGCACUGCGAAGGUAACAUUGCCGAUCAUGGCACGCAUCCCCAGCGAGGAGAACGAAGGAGCCAUCGGGACCAACGCGCGCAAGCGCAGCGAGGUGUCCAGCCAUGUGGCCGGGCGCGUCGAUCAGGUAGAACGAGCCGUCGUCAUAGAGGUCUAUAGCGCGUUCGAACGCGCCAAGUGGGAGGACACGUCUAUCUAGCACAGACGUGUUCUCGUUGGUGCUUGUAGUUGAGAUCUGGCCUCCUGAAUGAAAGUUGACGUAGACCAGCUUGCGAUCCUGAGGGAACGGAUGAAGUUUUCCCUCCGAGGAUGCACUCGCAACCACGUCAUAAGAGUCAGCCCCGAGAACAAUCUUCGCGUUUGUGAAUGGGCGUACGUCGCCGACGUGAUCCCAGUGGAGAUGACUAUACACAAUCCUCUGAAUCUUCUUCGGGUCGACGCCGACCAUCCCUCUACUCAGCUGCUCAAAGACAUCCCCGACACACUCCGUCUUUGACUCGUCAGCGUUUCGCUGCACUUGAGCCGGAUAGCCCGCGUUGUCCUAC